AUGGACAAACCAUUGAGAUCGAUCCAUAUUGAACCACCACUACUCAAUUCCGCCAAUCCAUGGUGCUCUACACUGGAGCAACUGCAAGAGCUUUACGACUGCCCUCAUAUUGGUGCAGUGACCACAAGAACGUCAUUACUUGAGGGUUUUCCCAACGAUGAGAAAAUCCACCAAUUCGCUUUCUUUAAUUCGUCGACACACGAAGCUGGUCCCGCUAAUCCAGCAGGUCAAGAGAAGGUAGAUGCAAGUGGCAGUCUGAACACGCUCGGGUAUAGCCCGUUGCCGCUGAAAAAGUACCUUGGCUUCAUCAAGACAAUAUCGGAUGGUCUACCAGAGCCAACGUCGAGCUCAAAUAGGGUUAAGCCAUUCAUAAUUUCAGUCACAGGGGCGGUGGAAGAGGUCGUUGAGUGCUAUAAGCAGAUAUUCGAGCUGCAACAUCACGUUCGCAUGGCGCUCGCUAUGGAGGUCAAUCUGUCUUGUCCAAAUAUCCCAGGAAAGCCGCCACCAGCGUAUAGCUCGGAUUCUCUCCUCGGCUAUUUAGUUGCUCUGAAAAGGGAGAUUGGGCGGCAGGUAGAGCCGGUAACAGCAGGAAGGCAUACGCAUGUCGGCACGAUGCAUGUCCCGAUUGGCAUCAAGACACCGCCUUACACUUAUCACGAUCAAUACCAAUCACUGAUCAAUGCAUUGCUCGAAUCCGCGAAAGCCGAACCUGCCUAUCUUCCCUGUCCUAUCUCCUUUAUAACAGCGACCAACACCCUGGGCUCCUCUCUGCUUCUCCGGCCAAUCGCCGAACCUACAAUGACCUCUCCAGAACCCCAUGAAUACUUCCACCACGUUCUCAACUCAACAAACGGGACCGGAAUUGGGGGGUUGGCGGGCGCACCAUUGCAUCCGAUCGCGCUCGGUAACGUCUACACCAUCAAAGGAAUGCUAUUCCAGCACGACGAGCUCAACCACAUCUAUAUCAUUGGCGUGGGUGGUGUCGAAGAUGCCGAGGGGUACAAGAGAAUGAGAGCUGUGGGCGCAACAGCUGUAGGCAUAGGGACUGCCUUAGGUCGCAAAGGCAUCCAAGCCUUCGCAGACAUUACAAAAGGGCUACUAGCCUCCUGA